AUGAUAAGACUCAUUGAAAAAAAAUUGAGAGGGAAGGCCUUUUUGAAAAGAGGGGUACAAACAUAUAUAUGUAAAGAUAAAGAAAAGAUUAGUAAUAAUUAUGAGGAAUUACAAUUUUUAGAUAAUAAUAUAAAACAUAAUUUAUAUAAAUUAAAAUGUAUAGAACAGAAGAAAAUAAAAAGUGAUCGUAUAGUUUAUAAAAAAAUAUUAAAAGAUUUAUUAAAAGAAAAACACAAUCUGGAUUCCAAUGAAUUAGUAGAAUUUUUAUAUAUUCUUAUAUAUAAUGAUUUAUAUUAUUUAGAUAUCUCAUGUAAUUUUUUUUCCUAUUUUUAUAAUAACUAUAUAUUUUCCAAAAAAUAUUUUAACAACGUAAAUGUAAACGAUAUAAUUCAUGUCAUCUAUUCAUUUUAUUUGUUUGAAAACUAUCAUUUUUUUAUUUCAAAAAAUAAUUUUUUUAACUUGGACAAAACAUCUGACAUAUUAGAUAAUGAAGAAAAUAAAAAAGGGGGCCAUAUAUUAACUCAUAUGAAAUUAAAAAAAUUGGAAGGGCAAUUUAAUAAUAAAAGGAACAACAAUAAUAAUAAUAGUAAUAGUAAUAAUAAUAAUAGUAAUAAUAAUAUAUAUUGUGAUGAUGAUAAUUGUUUUGAUAAUGUUCUAAAUAAUACACGCAUUUAUCAAAAGAAUGAAGGAAAUAAUUAUUCUUUUAUAAAUAAAGAAAAAUAUACACAAUAUUAUAAUAAUAAUACACACAGUAGUUUUCAUAUUUAUAAUUAUUAUUCUUCUUUUAUUCAUCUUAAUAUAGAUUACAUAAAUAAAAACCAUUUAAUAAAAAUAUUAUUAGUCUUAUCACAAUGUAUCAAUAAUGAAAAUAUAAGUUAUCAACUGAAUAAAAAAAAAUAUGAAAAUAAUCAAAGUAUAGAAAAAGAUAUAAAAAGCAAUAUAAAGAAUCCAUUUGAACAUAUUCAAAAAAAUAUAUUUACCUUAAUAGAAAAAUUUAUUGAAAAAAUUGACUUAAAAAAAGACAUAAAAAAAUCAUAUACACCUGAAAGGAUUAAUGAAAAAGAAUGGGGAAAAAAAAAAGAAAGAUAUAUUAAUUUGAUUGAUGGAUCUUUUAAAAAUUAUAUAUAUAUAGAUAAUCAUAUGAAUAAUAAUAAAUUAGUUUGUCUCUUUUUUUAUGUUUUAUCAAAUAUAUUUUAUCCAAUUUUGCCUAGUACAUUUUUUUUUUCAUCAUCAUAUAAAGAAAAUGUAACUGAAUCGCAAAAUUCUACAUCCAAAAUAAAUAAUAAUAAUAAUAAUAAUAGUAAUAAUAUGAUGACAUGUCAUAUUGAUAAUAUAAAUAUCUUAUUAUCUUAUUCAAAUAACAAAUGUGAUGAUAUAAACAUGCCAUGUAUACACAAUGAAAAUACAUAUGAUAAUAUUUUAAUUAAAUACAAUGAACACCUUGAUAUUAUUCAAAUGUUUAAAAAUCAUUAUAAUAACAUAGAAGAAAUGUCUAAUGAAUUUUACAAAAAUACUGAUAAAACAAAAUCAAGUAUAGAAAAUUUUAUUAUAUAUAAAAAUAAUAUACUUAAAAGUAUUAAAAAAUAUGUAUUUCUAGAUGCUAUAUAUAAUUUAGAAGUACACUACAAAUUAAUGUUUUUCAAAUCUAUAUAUACCUUAAAUUUUUAUAAUUUACCCUUCUUAAAACAUAUAUAUGCCAUACAAUCCUAUAUGCAGUAUAAUAAUCUUGAUAAUCUGGACUUUUAUGAUAAUAUCCAUUUUUUUAAUACUCCAAGUGUUCACAUAGAGAUUAAUCAAAGUGAUGAAAAAGGAGAAGACCAUAAACUGGGAAGGGUUAAAAAAAAAAAUGAUAAUAUUAGAAUAAAAAAAGAAAAUAAGACUUGUAAUAAUACAGGUGAACAUUAUAAAGAUACCAUAAAUGAUAAUGUGAAAAAUUAUUAUGAAAAAACAUUAAAAAAUAAAUUAAUUGAACUUUCUAAAGAAGGAGACCUUUUCAAUAAUGCUUAUAUAAAAUUACUCAAUAAUAUUGAGAAUAGUAUAAAAAAUAAUACCAUAGAACAAAAUAUAAAUACUCUUCAAUAUAUGUAUUUAAUUAGAUUUGUAGAUAACCAUUUUAUAAUUUUAUUAAUCUCCAAAUUAUGUAAUACUUCUGAUAAAUUAAAAAAUGAACAUAAAAAAAAAAUGAAUGAUAUAAUGAUGUCAUUAUGUAUAUAUUUGUCUUCUCAUAUGGAUUCAAAUACCUUCUGGUUCAAUAACAAAGAAAAUAAUUUACCCAUUAACGUUUUUAAUCAUAUAUAUUCUAAUAACAAUAUAUAUUUAAGGCAUUUAAAAAAGUUGAAUGAUUUUAUCCUCCUUCUAUAUAAUAAACAAAUUUUCAAAAGAAAAAGAAAAGAGUUGCUAUCAUGGACAAACUAUAAAUGCAUAUAG